GGGCGCGGCGCGGCGGGCGGGGGUGUGAGGUCCCGCUGUCCCGUCAGCGUUUGGGCCGUUUGCCAGCGCCACGCGACCGAGACCAGGAGUCAGUAAACCACCGAGAGGCGGAGACCUCCCAUUUUCCUAGAGAGAGCAGCAUUGGCAUCAACUAAAGUCAGAAUUCCUGGGAACUUGAACAGAAUCUCCUCCUAAGUGCUACUUUGGCCUUCUCGAGAUAACUCCUAAGAAGGUAGGAAAGGAUCCAGCAGUGCUUCCUUAUUCUCAUUCAAAACCUGCUUCUGGCUGAGUGUUGGAGACCAGAGACAGGUGCUUUUGGCCUUACCCAUGGAAACUCAGGCUGAUCACGCAUCUCAGGAACCUCAGGCCCUGCUUGAGAGUGCUCUUCCUUCCUCAAAAGUUCCUCCAUUUUCCAACAAGGAAAGUCUGGGGGACGAGAUGUUGGCAGCCGCACUCCUAAAGGCCAAGUCCCAGGAGUUGGUGACAUUUGAGGAUGUAGCUGUGUACUUUAUCCGGAAGGAGUGGAAGCGUUUGGAACCUGCUCAGAGAAAUCUCUACAGAGACGUGAUGCUGGAGAACUAUGGGAAUGUGUUCUCGCUGGAUGGUGAGACCAGAACUGAGCAUGAUCAAGAAAUUUCUGAAGAUACAGGAUCACAUGAGGUGCUAUUGGGAAGAUUCCAAAAGGAUAUUUCUCAGGGUCUUAAGCUUGAAGAAGCCUAUGAAAAAGAAGUCAAUCUAAAGAGGCAGCUGGGGAACUCCUCUGGAAAAAGACUGAAUAAGAAGAUACAAGAAUUUGGUCAAGUGACAGUUGAGGAAAAGCUAACCCCCAUGGGAGAGAGAAGUCAGAAAUAUAAUGAUUUUGGGAACAGCUUCACUGUGAGUUCCAACCUUAUUCCACAUCAGAGACUUCCUGUGGGAGACAGACCCCAUAAGUGUGAUGAAUGUAGCAAGAGCUUUAAUCGAACUUCAGACCUUAUUCAACAUCAGAGAAUCCACACUGGGGAAAAGCCCUAUGAAUGUAGUGAAUGUGGGAAGGCCUUCAGCCAGAGCUCACAUCUGAUUCAGCAUCAGAGAAUCCACACUGGAGAGAAACCUUAUGAAUGUAAUGAUUGUGGGAAGACCUUCAGUUGUAGCUCUGCUCUCAUUCUACAUCGAAGGAUCCACACUGGAGAGAAACCUUAUGAAUGUAAUGAGUGUGGGAAAACCUUUAGCUGGAGCUCCACCCUUACUCAUCAUCAGAGAAUCCACACUGGCGAGAAACCGUAUGCUUGUAACGAAUGUGGGAAGGCCUUCAGUAGGAGCUCCACCCUCAUUCAUCACCAGAGAAUCCACACUGGAGAGAAGCCCUAUGAAUGUAAUGAGUGUGGGAAGGCUUUCAGCCAGAGCUCACACCUCUAUCAGCACCAGAGAAUCCACACUGGAGAGAAGCCCUAUGAAUGUAUGGAAUGUGGAGGGAAGUUUACUUACAGUUCAGGCCUUAUUCAGCAUCAAAGAAUCCACACAGGGGAGAAUCCCUAUGAAUGUAGUGAGUGUGGGAAAGCCUUUAGGUAUAGCUCAGCUCUUGUUCGCCAUCAGAGAAUUCACACUGGAGAGAAGCCUUUGAACGUAAUGGGAAUGAGCAAAAGUUCUCUCAGAGUUACUGAAUUAAAUAUCAGAGAGUCUACAUGAAAGAAAGCCACACACCUGUUUUUAUCACUUCCUCUGAGUCUAAAGAGUUCCUGCCUUACUAUAAAAAUAUGAACAACUUAGGAUGUGUCCCUUCUGAUGCAAACAUUUCACUUUAGAGAAUGGGGUUAAUUGGGCCAAUCAUCCUGGCACAGUGAUUAGCAACCUAGUCAGUUUCCCAUGGAAUAGUACCAGCCUUGAAAAAUUAUGAGGCAAGCAGCAGAUUGAUUGUUGGGAAUAGAGGGAUGCUCUGGGACCAAUCACCUUCACUAUGGAAGGGAUUUUGCACUAGACAAUAUUUCUCACACCAAGGGAGCCUUUCUUACUAAGGUGGGCAUGGAAGCACAGUAGGAAAAUUCUAAGGAUUCCUCUAGUUGGAGUCAGUACAGUCAGCAUAGAAGGCAGUGGCAAGAAUGUUCUGGGUCCUGUUACUUGCUAAGAAAGGGAAAAGGAGGCUGUAUUUGAAAGCCCCUGUUCCUAAUCCAGCUUUAAGUUUUGAUAAGAAAAUUUGGUGCUGAGGGAUUUAUUUGAUUGGGGGAAAAGGGGUGGGGCAGGCAAGAGAAGUUUUCUAUGGUGACUAUCCUUUAUGGCUCUUGGAGCAGCAAGACCAAGUUUCCAAAAGCUGUCCGGCAUUUUUGUUGGAGAACCCCUUGUCAUUCCCUGUUGCGAUAUGAAUAAUUGGGAAAUCCAUCUAAUCAGCGAGUCUAACAUGAGGAAGUGGAUCAAAAGCAUUUCGAAUAGCUUCUGCUUCCUCCAUAUGAUAAAAGUGAUUUAAUCCAAACCCCUAGUGACUAAGGAUGCUGUUACAGAGCUCACUUAACCAGCUUGCCCUGCCCUCUGUCACCUAUGAUCUAUGACACCUGACCUGAGCAGCUAGCCUCUUCUGCCCCACCUCUGACUUCAACAGCAGAGUAUGAAUUCACACAGCAAAGCCUAGAGAAGGAAGGCUCUGACCAGAGCCUGGUGGUAGGGCUCCUGCUGGGUUAGGAUGGAGCUCCUGAGUUUUCUCAGCUUGAAGGGAUGACCUUUGAUUAUGUUUUCCCAAUCUUGCUCAUCCUGUAGCAUAAAUGAAGUGCACUAUUAAACAGAAUAGAUUUUCAGAAGGAGAGAUUGAGUGUGUUUUUGUGCAGGAGUAAAAUUUAAACAGGAAACAUCAGUGAUUGUAAA